AUGAAACUGUUGCUUCACCUUCUCGAGAUCUCCCUCCUCCUUCCCCUACCCCUCACUCUACGCAGCCAUGCCCGCAACCCUGCCCGCCCUCAUCAACCUCCGAUAACCCACUACCUCCUAAUUCUUGCCCCACAUGUCGACGCACCUUUGCCAACCCAGCAGCCUUCUGACGUCGCUGCACACCUCAUUCUCUUGGCAUUUCCGCGUCUCUUGCUGCGCCUACCAUCCGCCGCUGCUCCCACGCAGUCCCUUACCUCUUCAUGUGCCUCCUUAGCGCGCCGCUUCAUCAAUGGUGACUGGCAGUCUCUUUUCAGUGAGGCCGUAGCUGCAGCCACUCCAACCGCCAGACCUCUACACAUGGCAUCGGCACGUUCUACGGCGCUGCAGGCUCGUCUCAACCGUGCGAAGCGGUUUGCGAAAUGCGGGGAUUGGUCGCGGUCACUGGCAGCACUGGAAGCUGGCGAGCUAGCUCCUCCAUCAUCAGAAACGGUUGCUGCCCUCGGCUCCAAGCACCCACCUGCUGCAGCAGAAAUUCCUGACUGGGUACACAGCUUCACUCCUGCAGCUGCACCGCAGCUUACCGUCCCUGUUCUCCACGCCGCUCUACAGUCCGCCCCUCGUGGCACAGCUGUUGGUCCUUCUGGGUGGUUCAUUGAGCACCUCAGGGACACGUUUCUCUCUCACCAGCAACAUCUCCCUUCUCUCCUCCACGUAUUCCAGAACUGGCUGCAGGGUGAUCUUCCACCUGCAGUCAGGCCUUUCUACACCGCUUCGAACCUCGUGGCCCUACAGAAACCCCAUGGUGGUGUACGUCCCAUCGCCAUUGGGGAAGUGCUACCACGCCUCCUUUCACGCUGCAUCACUCUCCUUUUCAAGCAGCAAAUGCGAGAGACAUUCCUUCCUCACCUUCAAUUUGGCGUAGCAGUUCCGGCCGGGAUCGAGAUUAUGUCGCACGCAGUGUGCUCCGCCUUCUCCCUUCAUCCUGACUGGGUGGUGCUUCAGCUGGACGUUGCAAACGCGUUCAACUCGUUCAAUCGGGUUUCCAUGUUUGAGGCAUUAAGGCGCUCCCCAUUCUCCAGUCUCAUUCCCUUCUUCCGCCUAUUCUACUCCACCCCUUCACCUCUCCACUACCGCAGCGGCCCCCUUCUCCACACAUUCUAG